AUAAAAUAUUUAUUUUCUAUUAUGUCAAUUUAUUUUAUAAAUCUCAUGCAGGCCAGAUAGAUUGGAAUUAUCAAUUACUCUAGAAAAUAAAAGGAUAAAAGCAAGAUCUGGAAAUAUAGACCGAGCAGCACUGGAAUGCACCAACUAAGGCAGAGAGGCCCCCUGAGGCUCCGCAACUGCUGGACCAUUUAAGGCAACAUCAUAUCUCAAGUGGGGAGGGAGAGAAUCCGCCGGUCUCAGGGGGGUGGGUUUUUUAAAGUGGAUUUAGUCAUGGUCUGGACUUGCCCAAUUUUCUGUGCUAUGCUGUGGGAAGGGACAAGGUCCUAAACUACCCUCACAGGACUUAUAAAACAAAGAACACAUACAGGUGGGUGGGAAGGCAGUCAGAUGACUCAGUUCUGUGCCCACCACCCAUGGCCCCUGAUGGGUCAUGCCUUCUGCUUAGACAACAGCCUCCUAGACCCCACAGAUGGGGGCAAUGGCAUAAACUCAGACCUGCAGCUGAGGCCUGACUCACCACAAUGGCCCUGCCCUGCACUGCCAGUGACAGACCUGUCACUUUUGCACUGAUCCUUCAUUUUCCUAUGAAAUGGGGCUAAUAUUGCCUCUUUCUAAGGUUUCUAUUAGGAUUAAUUUUUGAGAUAAUAGACAUUGAGAUAACAAACCUGCCAAGUGUUACAUCGAUGUGAUUAUCCUGAGAUUGAGAGGAAAUGUCAGUGCGGUGCUAGGUGGUGGCAUGGCCGUGAGUGGGAGAAAGAGGGUGGAUGUUCCAGAUGUCCCUGGAUCUCUACCAAAGAGAAGACGCAGCGAAAGGACAGCCGUGUUCCUGGUGUCUCCUUUUCCCCUCAGGACAAUGAAUUACGGGUUUUCUGUGCCUUAGUUUUCUUCCUUUCAAAUGCAGUUAAUAAUACUGUCUCUCAGGGGGUAUUCACAGACGUGAACAAUUAAUGAUCGCAAAGUGCUUUGAAAAUAAAUGAGCUUACUCAUAAUGGUGGUGUUUGAUAUUUAUAAUAAUAAGCCUGUGCUGCUGGCUUCAUGAACUAUAUUCAUUGGUACAGAGCUUAGUUUUAUGACUGGCUUUUUCAAUAUUUUAACAGAAAAUCCUCUUAUUUUAAAGUAAUCAAAUGACCUUCCUGCAUUCAUCCAGAGUCUUAUUCGGAAAAACUUAAGAUUUGAUCAUAGAUCUAUUUUAAGAAGUGCCAAGUUAACUGACAUUGAUGCCAUCGUAUCUGGAGUCCCUAGGAAAUCCAGAGGGCGACAAUGAACCGUAGGAAGACUCGGACUCGGGUCUGCCUGUAGCACUCGGAGCCUGCAAGGCAACACAGUUAUUGAGUUCUAUUAAAAUUACUUGGUGCGGCUAUAAACCAAACCACACCCCUCUAGCCAAUGUGAAGAGCUUCCCGUAAAAGCCGUGCGGUGGGAAGGCCUCUCGCUGUCUCCUCUGCGCGGCGGGCAGACAUGGACGACCCAGAGGCGUGAAUUCAGCCUGCACCUCCUAAAGAUGAGCUGUUGAGGGCGAUGGCCACAGCAAGUCCGCACCAAGUGCUCUUUAAACGUGAGUGUUUCUUUAAACAAAGAACCUUCCCGGCAUUGCCUCCCGAGGUCUGAUUAAUGAUGCCCCGGCACCUCCUUCCUCACUCAGGGAUCACUUCCCUGCAGCGCGUUCCCAGACGCAGGCUUCCCUCACGGAGGCGGGAAGAUUUCAGGCGAUGUCUGUUCUUGUCUUUUGUCAGCACGGACAAGGAUGGAGACCCCACUGGUCAGGCGAGCCCCGCGGUCCCUGUUCCUCACUUCACCACCUGGGGAAGCCUGAUCCCCGUCGAUUCGCAAAGGAACAAGGAAAGAACACGUUUUACCUGGAUGGAUGGUCCCCCUCACGGUGGCCUUGGAACCCGCUUCAGCGGGAGAGGCAGCGCCUCACUCAGGGCUCCCGCUGGCCGCUGCUUUACCCGGGAGCGCCACCCCGUGCCCCGCCAGAGGAAGUGCAAGCGCCAGCACAGCACGGGCCGAAAGCCACACUGUGGGACCCGCAGCGCAGCUCCGAGAAAUCCAAAGUCCAUUCACAAGAGGAGCUUCUCCGCCAAAUCGUUGAAAAAUAAAACGAGAAAUGAGUCUCCACCGGUAUCCCCUUUAGUCAGCCGUACGAAAACGCAACCCGGUCAGCUGCAUUUCUGCUGCCAGCCCUCCUCCAGUCAAGCAUCGGCCUCGAGAAGGGCAAAGGGCAGGUAGGAGUUCCGACGCAUGCGGCCACGGGGCGGAGUUACAGUUCAGAGGCCUCAGCUGAACCUGAAGUUAUCCUAAGCUCGAGCCACAGAGUGAGGACUCGGGGUCAGGCAUCCGAUUCCCCAUCAGCGCCUUUACUAAAGCUGUGCAGAGAAUCCGAGGCUAUGAGUGGGGGUGGGGGAAAGAUGUACAGGAUGCUUUGGUUUCACUCCUGAGAUACGAGAACGUCCUCUGAACACACAUGCAGAUAGCUGGACUUGUAGACAGAGGAAAUCCAAAUCGUUUCUUUCCUCCCAGCAUAAGGGAACGAUCCGGUAAGAGCUGGUGUUUAUCGAUGCUACGUGCCAGAAUGGGGCUGAGCACCGCGCCUCACUGUAUCCUAACGUCUGUCUAAUGAGGCAGGGAAUGUCACUGUCACACUCUGCAGACGAGGAAGCCAUGCUGUCAGCAGGUACACAUCUUGCCAGAAAACCAGUAACCUGUGGCACUGAGAUCGCACACCGGUCGUCCACUGCCAAGUCCGUGGCCUCCUUCUCUGGGGUUUGCCUGCCUCUUGAUGGCGGCCAUGCCUCUGUCCUCUCGCAGGGGCUGGCUCUUCCAGUGGUCACUACUUUUUGGUUGCAAGCAGCAGAGAUUCCCUGGAGGGCUUGUUGAAAGCACUCACAUCAACGGGGUCUCAGAAAGGGAGCUGAGGCCAUAAACGGCGCUGCAGUUUCUCCUCAGGCUUUGGUUUGCAUCCCUGGCCUGACUUUCCCUCAAGUCCUGCUAUCUCCACAAGGCGGCCAGCCCAGCCCUGUCCUCCUCACCUUCCAGCCCCAGCUGAGCAGCCCCUCCCCACAUCAUCUUCAGCUGCUGCCCAGGCUCCGCAGAGCAGGUGUCCACCGCCCAUCCAGCCAUUGUGUCUAGAGGGCAGAGCGACCUGCCGGGACCUUGACAACACCUGGCCCCACCCACACGUCCUGCAAUAUUCACUGAGGAGUGCACAGCAGCAGAUAUGUGCCUCGUGUGUCCUGCUGUGAUGCAGCGAGUGGCACACAGCAUUAUUGUGUCAAUCAUGUGUCUUGAUGUGAUGCACUGGUUCAGACAGUAUCAUGGAUGCAGUGUUUCUUUAAAACUGUCAAAUUUGAGGAAACAAUCUAACAAAAGCCAAUUGAUGAACAUUCUGUAAAGGUGACAUAAAUACUUCAAAAAUGUCUCUGACAUAGAAAGAAAAAAACAAAAAGGGAGCUAUUCCAGAUUUUAAAAAUAAAAGACAUA